UUCAGAAAGUGCCUCUCUAGUAUGUGAUAACAGAUGGACUAUUAUGUCUAAACCUGGCCUCUAAAAGUGGAAAGAUGGAGUCCCAAAAGGCAAGCUAACUAUACGAUGACUGAGGGGUCGCCAAAUUUCAGAUCAAGUCUGGAGUUGUGACGUAAUAGCGUCUGCGACAUUUUUACAUCCAGAAACGUCAGUUUUCGGGGACUUGAUCGUCGGGUGUCUGUAGAAGGUAACAUCAUGGCGUCAGGAGCAGGAGAGAAGUCCACCGGACACGAUGCAGAACUGGACGAAUUAUUGGACAGUGCCUUGGAUGACUUUGACAAGACAUCGGCCCCUCCAGCCCCAGAACCUGCAGCUGCUUCCUCCUCAGGCAGCAGUGGGGCAGAAAAGCCACCCUUGCUUGAAGACUGCAAACUUUUCGAGACUCUCUUUGAGGGGGAGAUGGCUGCACAAGCCAAAGAGGAGUGGGAGAAGGCCAUGACUGAGCUGGCCCAGGAGGAGCCAGAGUUACUGCAGCACUUCCAUAAACUGUCAGAGGCUGCCGGCAAAGUUGGCACUGAUACGGCAUCCCAACAAGAAUUCACGUCCUGUCUUAAAGAAACCCUCCGUGGUUUGGCCAAAAAUGCAGACAACCUGCAGUCAUCAGGACUGGCUGGAGAAGACCUUGUCAAGGCUCUUGAAGGCCUGGGAUUGGAUGAGGGUGGAGAAGGAGGUGGAGAUGAUGGAAACAUCCUGCCCAUCAUGCAGUCUAUCAUGCAGAAUCUGCUCUCUAAGGAAGUGCUCUAUCCAUCUCUAAAAGAGAUCACUGCCAAGUACCCAGAAUGGUUGGAUGCCAAUAAACCAAGCUUGAGCCCAGAGGACUACCAGCGCUACGACCAGCAGUCUAAAAUCAUGGGAGAGAUCUGUAAGCACUUUGAGAAGGAGGAGGAGGGAGUACAGGAUAAAGAGAGCUCGUUUGAGCACAUCAUGGACUUGAUGCAGAAGCUGCAGGACCUGGGCCAACCACCUAAAGAGCUGGCAGGUGAUGCGCCUCCAGGCUUUAACUUCGACAUGGAGUCCUUGAAUCUCCCAGGGGGCCCUGGGGCGGGGGCAGCAGAGCAGUGCUCCAUCAUGUGAGGAGUUCUUGGUGCGGUCCAUCUGAAGCACUGGAGCCAGAGAGUUACUCUGUGUGGGCGUCAGCGACAGUCAGGCAGCAAAGGAAGGAUAGGAUGACGGAGAGAGAAGUGAAUGUCAGGCAGGGGUAGGAGCAGACCGUCGACACUGUUCUCCUUCAAACAGAAGGUUUGUGUGUGCCGAAACUUCAGGAGGAGGCACGAAAACCACCAAGAACCACACACUAUUCUGUCUAAAAUCACUGACCUCACAACUGCCAACACUUUACUCAUCCCUGCGAUAGUUUGUCAGCAGUUAUUUAGCUCCUUAACGGAUUAAUUUUAGCAUCAUUCCUUCACUAAGAACUUAAUGCAGCAGAACUCAGAGUUGUUUGAACUGUUUAGCCUAACGGUAAAAUCUGUCACACCAGCUCACAGGUAUAAACAGUGCCUUUAAUAAAUGACUUUUAAGGUGUAAUUUUAGGUCUCAUUAAACUGUAAAAAUUUGCUAUCAUUCAGCUAAGCACUUAUCAUGGUAGAUUUAACACAAAACUGCAAUAUCAUCCCAGAUUUAUGCCUGGAUAGUGAUGAUUCUUUGGUACCUCAUGAACUAACACCUUCUGUAUAGGCUGUAUAGGAUUUGAAUUAAGAGUUAAUACUAUUAAUGUGAAGAAAAUGGAAGUAACUGAGUGUACAUUUUUUAAUUAUUUAAAGAAAUAAAAGACUAAAGAGGUUUGAACACCUCUGAAAAGGUUCCUCUCACCUGAUGUAAUCCAGCCAACUAAUUUGGCAAGAAAAUCCCCAUUCCCCUCGUUAUUGUCCCCCAGUCCCAGGUGUGGACCUAAAGUGAUUGCAAUGAUGAUAUCUGAAUGCCUUUGCUGUGGUUAUAGUGAUCAUUAUGGUGUAGAGUUACUGUGCAAAGUGCUCCCGUUGUGCUUCCCUGUGUUUAAUGUGCAGAAUGAUGUUCCCUGCUAAGAAAGAAAAACACCUCAGAGGUAUUCACAAGCUGUUUACCACCUGAUUACAUGGACAUGUAUCCUCUUUAUUAAAAGAACAUUACGUUCUUUCCAGAAAAAAGUGGGUGAAAACAGCCUGAUGUUGGCACAUUUCGGCUAUGGUUUGUUUACCCCACCGUCCUCUUUCCACCAGCUGCUAAACAAGUGGACACUCUCCACCGCUGAGACCAUAGAGAGGGGUCUCGAAUUCACACGACCAUCAGCUCAUCUAUAACUGUAUAAUAAAGGGUUACUGUGAAAGGAUUCAGUCAGCCAUGCACUGAAAAGAGUUCAGAUUUACACGAUACACAGCUGAGGGGGCGCUGCUGCUGUGGAGGUCUGUACGGGCCUGUGGAUGUCGGUGCAGGGGGGGUAUCCAUGGGGGGCUGCAAUCUAUUCAACUCUCAGGGCCGAUGUAUAUAUGCCCAGAGCACCGUUAAUGAAAUGCAACCUGAUAUUUGACACUAUUUUGCUUUUGU